GAAAACAGGACACUAGCGGCCGUCGGACGAAUGUUUACCGAGCAGGCAUAGAGUGGUGGUGAGAAAAGUGACAGUCACAUUGGAGGCUCGGUGUAUGGUGAAGCACAGGUGAUUUCAGCCUUCACGGUUGCAUUUUACAGCGGAAUGUUCACUCGAAGGGGGCAUGGAGACGUCAAGAAAUCUACACAGAAAGUUCUGGACCCAAAGAAGGAUGUACUGACCAGGCUGAAACACCUGCGGUCACUGUUAGAUAUCAUUGACAAGAGUGAACUGAAGCCGUUCUUCGAAAGCAACUGUUCUCAGAUAUAUUUUAUCUUCUAUGAAAAUUUCAUUACACUGGAAAGCAACUUAAAACUAAAAGGGAACAAAUCACAAAGGGAGGAGCUGGACUCUAUCCUCUUUAUUUUUGAAAAAAUUCUACAACAUCUGCCCGAGAAGAUCUACAACAGAUGGCAGUUUCACAGUAUUGGUUCUAUUCUGAAAAAGCUUCUACACACUGGAAAUUCAUUCAAGAUCCGCUGCGAGGGGAUCCGUCUCUUCCUGCUGUGGCUGCAGGCCCUGAGGGACAACUGUGCCGAGGAGCAGUUCCUUAUCUUUGCCUGUCUGGUGCCGGGAUUCCCCGCUGUGCCCUCCUCCAGAGGGCCUUGCACCCUUGACACCAUCAUUUACAACCCCUUCUCCAACCCCCCUGAUGCCAAGGUGGUGCCUGAGGAGAUUACCCCCUUGGUCCCGGCUGUGGUUGGAGAAAAGGUUGCAGAGGAUCAGACCUGUUACAUCCUCGAGACUCUGCUCAAGUACAUGGUCAUCCAGGCCUCCAGUUUAGAAUGGAAGAACAAAGAGAACCAGGACACAGGCUUCAGGUUUCUCUUCAGCCUGUUCAAGAAGUACUACCUUCCACAUCUCUUCCCCUCCUUCACCAAGCUCACAAAUCUCUACAAGCCUUUACUAGACCUCCCCCACCACAGACCCAAACCCUUGUAUGUGCCAGUGACGCGGAACAAUGAGAGCACCUUCUGCACCAGGGACCAGUACCUGUCCCCCCGCGUGGCCUUCAUCUCCUGGCUGGUCACCUUCUUCCUGGAGAAGAAGUAUGUGAGCAGUGCUGCUGCGGCGCAGAGCGCCAAGAACGGCACAGAGGUCAUUCCCAAACUCAUCCAGACUGUCACUGCGGGCAGUAGCAGCCAGGAGAAGGAGAAGGAUAAGACGUCAGACGGGGAUACUAACGGGCCAGCAGGGGAGCCGGAGAAGAGCCACUCCAACAGCAGCACGCUGUCAGACCGCCGGCACAGCGACUCCAGUCUGUGUAGCAUCGAGGAGGAGCACCGCUAUGUGUAUGACAUGGUGCACGCCAUCCUUCUGUCCACCAGAGACAAUGUGAAUUUUGUCAACGAGGUCUUCCACCAGGCCUUCCUGCUGCCGUCUUGCGAGGCAUCAGCAACCAGGAAGGUGAUUAAAGUGUACAGGAAGUGGAUCCUGCAGGAUAAGCCCAGCUUCAUGACGGAGCCUGAGGUACCGACUCCGGGAGAAGAGAUAGAUGGCCGCCCUGAACAGAUACUCAGCUCAGAGGCUAACAGCAUGCACCUACAGUCGGCAGAGAGUCUCGGCCACAGACGCUCGUCCAGCUGGGGGAGGACUUACUCCUUCAGCAGCGCCAUCAGCAGGGGCUUCUUCACCGAGGCGCAGAACAGGGACGUCAAGGCUGGCAUCCAGCCCACACUACAGGUGUUCCUGACCAACUCCUCCAAUGUUUUCCUGCUGGAGCCAUGCCAAGAUGUAGCUAAACUCCUGGAUAACCAGGUGGAGGUGUGCAAGGGUGUUCUCAGCAUCUACCGGCACAUGAUCAUGGAGCACACGAUGAACACACAAACUUGGGAGCAGAUGCUGCAGGUACUGCUGAGGAUCACAGAGGCAGUGAUGAAGAGGCCACAGGAAAACCAAAGAAAAGACAGCUUCGCUGAAAGUUUAGCAUCUAUACUUUUUAGGACCAUCAUCGUGGCGUGGGUGCGAGCCAACCUGUGCGUGUUUAUCUCCCGGGAGCUGUGGGACGAGCUGCUGGCAGUGCUGUCCUCUCUCACCUGCUGGGAGGAGCUGGUGACGGAGUGGGCCAGCAUCAUGGACUCGCUGACGGCUGUGCUGGCGCGCUCCGUUUACGGCCUGGACAUGGCCAGCCUGCCUCUGGACAAACUCAGCGAGCAGAAGGAGAAGAAGCAGAGAGGACGUGGUGCGCUCCAGGACUCCCAGAAGGCAGCAGCAGUGGCGCGUUCCUUCUCACUGAGUCGGAGAAACCAAGGGGAGCAGGGCGUGCCGGGGGGGCAGGAGCCCAUGAGGAUUCGCUCCGCCACUACGUCAGGAGCCCCCGGUGUAGAGAAAGCCCUUUACAAUGUCCGACAGAAGGCCUCCGCUAAGCGAAGCCAGUCCAUCAGCAACUGUGUUCAUCUGUACGAAGCUUUGCCCAAUGCUAAAAGCGUUCCUAUGCUUCUCCACACUGUGAGCUCUUUCUUGCCUGGUAUCUCUUCUGGUAACUCUGCUUGCUCUCACAGACUCUCAGACGUGGAUGAGGGUCAGCUGUCAGAGUGUGGGGGGGAGGAGGAGCUGGGAGGCGGGGAAAGCCCUCUGCCACGUAGCAGCAGCACCUCCGACAUCACCCAACAGCUCUCUGACACUUUACCAGCCCAGAAGAGAGAGAGCUCCCCUACUUCCUGUGGCUCUGAUAGCAGGACGUCUGAGGGGAAGAGAGAGGGCAACGAGCCACCAGUGAUCCUCAUCCAGCGCAGCAGCAGUCCAACUGAGACAGAGGUCACCGCUGAGGGACAGUCAAACCAAGCAAGACACAAGCUCAGAGAGAAAAGUGAGAGUGUAAGCAGUGAGACGUCCAACGGCUACCUCAAUGAUGCUGAGGUCACCUGGCAGGCGUUUGAUGAGGAAGCGGACACUCAGUCCACACAGUCGGCUCACAUGGACGUGACGGCGGACCCCCAGAGCCAGGGGAGUCUGCUGCUCAGCCAUAAUGAGGCUCUAGCAGGUCCCGAGUAUCUCCUCCCUCCCCACUCUGCACCCCCGUCCUUCCACCACCACAACCACUACCAAUACCCCCAGCACCCGCCCGCCUCCCCGGCCCUGCUGGUGCACACAGAGUGCCCCAUGGACGACACCAUGCAUCAGUCUGUCUUACACAUGCCACACCACCUGGACAGUAGUGAGUGUCUGGCUGAUGACGUCAGCAUAAUUGCGGGUGGGACCUUGACUGGAUGGCAUGCUGACUCUGCCUUUGUCCUGUGGAGGAGGAUUUUGGGUAUCCUUGGAGAUGUCAACUGCAUCCGCUGCCCAAGAAUCCAUGCCAAGGUCUUCUACUGCCUUUAUGAGCUCUGGCAUAAGCUGGCCAAGAUCCGGGACAACCUCGGGAUUAGUGUGGACAACCAGUCGUCUCCUCCCCAGCCCGACUACAUCCCUCCUCUUCGAAUGCUGGCCUCCUGGCUCUUUAGGUCCACCAUGCUGCCAUCUGAGUACAAGGCUGGGAAGCUGCAAGCCUUCAAGCUGAUCUGUGAGAUGAUGACCCGGCACCAGGAUGUUCUCCCCAACAGCGACUUCUUGGUGCACCUCUACCACACCAUGCACAAAGGCAUUACCAGCAACGACCAGGUACAGCCAGCAGGGGGCGCCCACAGUAUGGCUGCCAGUUGUGCUUUUACUCUCCAGUAGAUGGCAAACCAGUCAAACCCAUGUGAUGCA